AUGCCGCAAGGCAUGCCCGGGAUGCCAAGGCCGUCAGCUGCGCCGACGGGCUGGCAUUGUUCGUCAGGGGGGAGGUGGAGCAGCAGCAGGAGCAAGAGGGACGAAGGAGGCAGGCGCAGGAUCUCCCGAGGAAGACCGGGCACGAGCCACGGGACCUGCAGGCGCCGAGCCGGGGACGCCCUGCCCCCGGUCGGCACGGGCCCCGUCGCGGAGCCCGGCGGGUCCCGCUCGGCUCCCGGAAGCCCAGGCCUGCGGAUGGCAGCGCUCACAGAGAGGGUGGGAGCCGGCCCCGCGUGGCUCCAGAGCCUGGGGCCGGCCAGCGAGGAGGAGGAGGAGGAGGAGGAGGGAGGAGAAGGAGAGAGGAUCGAGGAUCGAACCCUGGCGCUGCAGCCGCCGCAAGUACUCAAGAGUCGUGAGCCCAGCAACGUGGGGCGCGCCCUCAUGGCGGAAGGCGCCACCCUCGCCGUGCACAACGCUCGUUGA